CCCUGUGCAGAGUCCCGCAUCCAUAUCCCAUGCGAGAUGUUGGAAGAUGGCAAAAAUAUGUUGGGUUCUUCCUUGUCUUUUAGCUUUAGCUUAUCCUCUCGGCCGAUUUCAUUCGGUUUCAAACAAGCCACUUGAGAUUGAACGAGAAGCACGAAGAUUGCGUAUUGCCUUCACUUUGCCAUGGAUGAUGAUGAUCUUUGAACACUGAACGGUUGCCGCAUAUUGGCAGUCUCCGUCUAGGAAUUUGCCUGACUUCACUCGCGUUGCUUUUUUCGUCUUGAUCCCAAUUCUCAACCAAAAAAUUUGAUCUCUGGCUCUGGGUUUUUGUUGAUCGUAUGAGAGGAGGUAUGAUUUUUGGGGGUUUAGUUUUGGGGAAGAAAUACGAAGAGAGAAACCACGGAUUUGUUUGACAAGAAGAGCUUACCUUCUUGAGAGCUUAUUCCGAGAGAUCCAUAAAAAGUUUGCGCAGUUUGGAUUGGGUUAUUUAUUGUCUUUCAUGGGUCUCUGAUACUGGCUUGGGAUACUGGCUUGGGACAGAGUUAGGUCUUGGAGGCUGGGAAUUGAAAAUCGUUGGCCGUUGGAGGCAGGAAUUCAAAGAGUUGUUCUGUAUAGAGGAAUUAAGUAUAGGCUCUACGAGAUCCAUUUGUUUUACCAAGUGGGUUUGCUUGGAAGAUUCUGAUGUAAUAUAGGCCUCUUCUGACAUAUUAUAGUCUUUUGAGUUUAGGUGCUUGUUUGGGUGGGGCAAAGGACAUUUGGGAUAAGAGGCAUGACAAUGUCUUUUUAUUGCUUGAAUCACCCAGCUCAGAUGUUGAGUUAUAUGAAUAAGCAUAGAAGUCAGUUUGCAACAAGGAUGGAUCCAGCUUUAGCUGUUCCUCCAUCAGUUCUCUUACAAACUGAUGAUAGUGGCAAUUUACUUGACUUGAAGCAAAAUUCUGGUUCAAAUACAUCGCCAACAAGCAGCAAUUCCGGUGGUUCCCUUCUGAGUCAAGAUAAUACCGUUGGAAUAAUUGGAGGUUUAUCUGCAAAGUCUACUUUGAAGUUUUUGAAGAAAUUUGUACAGUGGAGCUCAAAUGAUGGAGAGGAUUGCCCUCCAUUUGUUCUUUGCUCUGAUCCUGUGUUGAGCAAGGAACUUUUAUCACAUGAGAAAAGUUCUUCAUUUUCCCCUGUGAAUAAAAGCAAACAUUUCCAGAUGGAUCACUCUCAGGUUGUGGAAAAUCUACGGCAUAAAAGGGUUUUCCUUGAGAAAUCUGGAGCUAGUUGUAUAGUAAUGCCUUGUCACAUAUCACAUUCAUGGCAUGAUGAAAUUUCCAGGGGAUCUUCUGUUCCUGUACUUCACAUGGGUGAAUGUGUUGCAAAGGAGCUCAAGGAAGCGAAAUUGAGGCCACUUGAAGCUGGAAGUCCUCUGCGGAUUGGGGUCCUUGGCACUGGUGCAACACUGAAGGCUGGUUUUUAUCAGCAAAAACUUCAGAAUGAGGGUUUUGAGGUUGUGCUGCCAGAUAAGGCAACAAUGGAGCAUACUGUGAUUCCAGGAAUUGAAGCUUUAAAGAGAAAGGAUAUGGAAGGGGCACAGAAUCUUGUAAGAAUCUCACUCCAAGUUCUUCUGCUCAGGGCUGUGAGCAGAGUCAUACUUGCCUCAGAUUGCAUGCUAGAGCUUUUGCCGCCGGAUGACCCUCUUCUCAAGAAAUGUGUUGAUCCAAUGGAUGCUUUGGUCAGGGAAACUAUCAAACUGACUCAAUCUGGUGAGAAGGGCACAUGAAGAAAACCAAUGUUGCCAUGCAGUUGGUUCAUCCUCUCUAGUAGUGAUAUGCAACAGCCCCCUUUUUUAUUCUUCUUUUUUCCCCAUAAAUGUCAGCCUUGUUGUGUUUUCAGUGUCGUGAUAGGUGAAUUGAAGUUGUAACUUUUAGAUUCGUAUUAGUUUGUAACUUUUUCUUUUUGUUAGAGUGCACUGAAUUGUCUUAAUAUAGGGUAAUGAGAUGAAUGGGUUGAACAGCGGCAAUAGUGCACAAAUGCCUUGGUUGUUUUUACAGUAAAACUAUUCUGUAGUUUUGGAAAACCUUUAAGCCCUUGAAAAUAGCUUGGACUUCAAUCCUUAUCCUGGUUUCUGUUGCAUAAAGCAAUUGUAAAACGAAUCUAACAUAACUUCUGGACUGUAACAUAAUAAAUGAUGUGUAGGGACAUUUUGCAAU